AGCUAGGUCACCGUGUACGCGGGUCGGGCAGCGAACUGACCGACGGACCCACCGACCGAACGACCGGCUGCCGACCGCGCCAGAGGCGCAGCUGCCGCGUCCAGGCGCCUCCCCGAGCUGGUUGAGGCCGAGUCUGCAGGUCCGCGGAGGAGCCGAGGGCUGCGCAGUGAACGUCGCAGGUGUCACUCUGGAAGCGGAAGGGCGCUUGCCUUGAUAGAAUUCAGCUACCUAUCCAAGCAAUAUGAAGAUUUUACUUGUAGAACCAGCCGUUGUCCUAAAUGCAUUUGCUAUGUCUUUGACCGCUCCACUGACAGCACAAUAUGUUUAUCGGAGAAUAUGGGAAGAAUCAAGCAAUUACAGUUUUCCAUCUGAUAGCAAUAUUUCUGAGUGUGAUAAAAACAAAAGCAGCCCAAUUUUUGCAUUCCAGGAGGAAGUUCAGAAAAAAGUGUCUCUUUUUAGUCUGCAGAUGGAACUAAGCGCGUUAAUUCCUGGUCUAGUGUCUACGUUCAUACUCUUGUCUAAUAGUGAUCACCACGGCCGUAAAUUCCCCAUGGUUUUGUCUUCUAUUGGUGCUCUUGCAACCAGCAUUUGGCUCUGUUUGCUUUCUUAUUUUGCCUUUCCCUUACAGUUUUUGAUUGUAUCUACCUUCAUUGGUGCAUUUUGUGGCAAUUUUACCACAUUUUGGGGAGCUUGCUUUGCCUAUAUAGUUGAUCAGUGUAAAGAACACAAACAGAAAACAAUUCGAAUAGCUAUAGUUGACUUUAUACUUGGACUUGUUACUGGACUAACAGGACUGUCAUCUGGCUAUUUUAUUAGAGAACUAGGUUUUAUGUGGUCGUUUUUAAUUAUUGCUGUGGCUCUUACUGUUAACUUGAUCUAUAUUUUAUUUUUUCUCGGUGAUCCAGUGAAAGAGUCGUCAUCUCAGAAGGUCACUAUGUCUUGUAAUGAAGGCCUUAAAAACCUAUGUUACCGAACUUACAGGCUUUUUAAAAAUGCUUCUCAUAAGUCUUUGCUCUGCUUGUUAUUUUUUACACUGAUCACUUAUUUUUUUGUAAUAAUUGGCGUUGCCCCAAUUUUUAUCCUUUAUGAAUUGAAUUCACCACUCUGCUGGGAUGAAGUUUUUAUAGGUUAUGGAUCAGCUUUGGGUAGUAUCUCUUUUUUGAGUAGUUUCCUAGGAAUAUGGGCUUUUUCUUAUUGUAUGGAAGAUAUUUAUAUGGUCUUCAUUGGAAUUUUUACCACCAUGGCAGGAAUGGCUAUGACUGCUUUUGCCAGGACAACACCAAUGAUGCUUUUAGUCAGGGUGCCGUUCUUUUUCAAUAUUCUGCCGCUCUCUGUUCUACGGUCCAUGUUGUCCAAAGUGGUUCGCUCUACUGAACAAGGUAUCCUGUUUGCUUGUAUUGCAUUCUUAGAAACUCUUGGUGUAGUCACUGCAGUUUCUACUUUUAAUGGGAUUUAUUCAGCCACUGUUUCUUGGUACCCUGGCUUCACGUUUCUGCUGUCUGCUGGCCUAUUACUAAUUCCAGCAAUCAGUCUAUGUGUUGUCAAGUGCACCUGCUGGAAUGAGGGAAGCUAUGGACUUCUUAUACAGGAAGAAUCCAGUGAAGAGACUUCAGACAGAUGACUAUAAUUUUUUUAAAAAUUAAUGCACACAUACACUGUGACUUCUGAAUAUAAACUAACUCCACAAGCAGCGCUUCACUAAUACUCAGUGUUACAUAUCCUUUCUUGUAAACUGAGUGAUCGGAGAAGAGGCUCCUGGCUUUAGCUUCUUAAGCUACCAUGCACUGUGAGCACAUUGUGCAUGUCAGGAGAAGUGCGGUAUUUCUCAUACACAGAACAACAAAUCUCAAAACACUUCUCACUUUUGGACUUACAAAAAAACUGAAACUUAUGGGUAUAAGGAGGGAUUAAGGAACCUGGUAAGGAUAAAAGCAAUAAUCUCUGACAUAGUCCAGUCUCUCAUGCUGAGACCAAGAAGAACUCUUUACCUCAGUUCCUUCAUCUGCAAAAUGGGUUUCUGACCUCUCUCAGGAUUUUGAAGGCAUAAUGAAAAUUAUGGUGAAUCACUCACAGAUAGGAAAAUGAUGAUGUAAAUUCCAAAUAUUUAUCAUAUAAUUUCACCCAUACUUGCAUAAUACUUUGUUUUAUAAAGCCUAUCAACGUGCUGUUGAUAUUCAAAGCUUUUAAUAGAAAAUCGUUAAAAGGGAAGCACUUUAUGUAACACAGGGGUGAUUGGGGAAGAAUAAGAUUAUAAAUAAAAUUGUUCUAAAUAAGUAUAAAAACUGAAUAAACAGCUAAUCGUGGUGUAAAGUAUCUAACAUUAUGGAACCAGUAUUUGUUCGUGUGUCAGUAGAACGGUAUCCA